UCGUAGCUCCUAUGGGAGCAUGACCUGGAUAUUUCCCCAAAAAUCAAUGGCCGGGUCUUAGGCAAAUAGAGAUGUACCCGAGUUUGCCCCAAAUGCAGGAAGCUGGAGCAGAACCAUCACAAGGUCAAGGGGCAGAUGAGAGUCAGUCACAACACGCUCUGUCACCACACGGUAAUCAAGGGCCGCAACUGUUCCAAGGGCAAGGACACGGACAGGGGCAUGGUAGAGGUAGGAAUGGAGGGCGAGGAAAUAGUCAAGGAGGAAGAGGAUUCGGAGGAAGAGGAAACGGCGGGCAAGGAGAAAAUUAGGGCAAUCAAGGAAGAGUUCAACCGGAAAAUUACAAUCAGACAAAUUUCAAUCAGAUUGGACAAGGGUACAAUGAAGCUUAUGAUGGUGGACAGCGACACGAGGCAGAUUGGCAAAAUUUUGCGUCGGUACAACGAGAUGAUCGUGCGCUGUUUGUCUGCAUGUGCUGUUUUUGACAAGGAUGAGCAGGGCGCAGUGCUCGAAGUCUUUGACAGACGCCGCACCAUGUUUAAGUCGCCGACUCAUGUUGCUGUCAUGAUGUUGGAUCCCGAGUUUCGAGAGCGCACGAUGCCAAAUGACGACGAGAUGCAGCACGGUUUGAAAGUUGCCCUGGUUCAAUUCCGGUACCCGGAGGGCUCGGCCCAACACAUCGAGGUCCUGACUGCCGUUGACAAGUUUCAUGCUAGGGAGCCGCCAUUCGACGACGUGGCCAUGGAUCAGACGGCGCAGAGCUAUCCCCAUCCAGCCAGUUGCUGGGAGUCGAAGGAGAAGAGGUUCCCGCACACAACCUUCCUCGUCGGCAGGAUACUACACGGUUUUGCUGCUGCACUGCAUCCACUCACGUCUGCUGGCGGACCGUCAGUCUCAGCUGCAGUGACUUCAGACGUCCGACGACCACCGGUAGCGGCAGAGCAGGAGAGUAUGCUCCCACCUCACAGCAGUCAUGGAGUUCAGCCUGACGUACGCGGGGAGGUGGUUGCUAUGCCGCAAUCGGACACAUAUGGACCCCAUGCAUGCGACACCGUAUCGCGGCCACCACCUGCAUUGGUGGAGUGGACUGCUGUUGCGGGUCCAGACGGUGAUCUUCCGGAAGGGGAGAUCUCACACACUGCAGCACUUGAGAAGAGCGCCGCAGGCCAUGUCGGUCUCGCAUGCCCCACCGGCAGUCUUUCGGGUAUCGGAGAGUUAUCGACCAUGGACUCGACGCUCGUCUCUCUCCCGGACUUGCCGGCUUUGAUAUCUCCUGGUCUACCCCACGUGUCACCACCCAACCCACAUCAGCCUGUCGCCACAGAGUGGGGGCCAGACGCGUUUGAUGAGUUUGGAGGCGAUACGAUCACGGUGUGCCCAACGGUGCUUGCCACGCCCACAUUUUUUCGUGUUGGCAGACCUUACGAGGUAGACCUCGGUAUAGCUGAGAUGGCGACGCGACACCUCCGCGACGGUCACCGUAACAUCGCACAAUGUAGUUUGUCCAAUUCGUUCGAUGGCGCGGAGGAUGGUGGCUUUGCUGCACUCGCAGCAGUCGAAAGAGCAGCAAGACCUUCACGUCCGCCGUCAAACUCAGAGCAUCAGCCCAUCAGCGUGAUUGCCGACGCAGUUGCGGGCAUCCCCGCCACGAACACCACCGACACAACACAACAGAGUGUGGUGGGGUCAGUGGCGACAACGCGGCGCGACAGAGCUACUGUUUUGCCGACAGUGGCAUUCUAUACCAGCGGGACAACCAGUGGGGGGUUGGACGAGCAGGGAGUUCGGAUUGUGGGCAAGCCAUCAACACCGUUUAUGGGGACACGAUCCAUUGGUACUGUCGAUGAUGCUCGCCACACCGCCAUGACAAAGUAUAAGGCCCGACACGGGACUGCUUUGCCGACGAAGACAUUUGAUGUGCAGGCUACGAGGGCCGCGAAGGCGAGUCUUUCUUGGGCGAGGAAGAAGGCCUCGACAAGGAAGGCGUCACGUUCGUCACCGCAUAUGCGUUCCCAUCUUACGCGAUCCGGCCCUGUGCAUCUCAAGGACGGAGAGAUUGCACCCGACGGCGAUGCAUUGGAUGUUGGAGGGAGGGCUGCAACGACGGCGGACGGCAUCGACACGGAGGGUGCAGGGGAUGCAGUGGCAGGAGAGAAGAGAUGCGGCAGUGUGCUCAUCGUCCAUGACGACAGCACAGAUGUAGCCCCCGGAGAUACCACGGGCACUGAUGAUGCGGGGGACUUCGAUUACGUGCCUAAAGCACGGGUGGCAGACGAAGAUGAUGGAGGAGGGCAACAAGUGAGACGGAGGACAGGACUCGGGCCAGAUGGGCAGCGGCCGCAGGGCACACCAUCUGCGACGAUUCCUGCCGCCAUUGAUCGGUGAGCUCAGGCGCAGCGACUACAGCGCAAAACGGAGGCCACACUUUAAGCGACACACGGUUCAUCAAUCGGUCGCGAAGAGAC